UGAGACCAGCGAGAUGACGGUGAACCUGAACACAGUGAUGGAAAAUUCAAAAUGGUCAGAGCGAGGGUCUAGAUUUCCCUCAUCGACUUCACAAGUUUUGUGGAGGAGUGCCUCAUGUUCAGUAUUGGAUUGGUCGUACAUCACUCAUACCUCUGCUUGUUAGUUUGGUUCGUAAGACGCGCAUCCUUUGACUCUAAUACUCCAUGAGGCUGGCUCUGGAGCCAGUGUUGCAGAGCGUCGAAGGUCUUGGCAAGGAGAAAAUAAUCGAAGUCACACACGAGAACUCCGGAGUCUGCUCAACACCUCCUGCAAAGGACUGCAUGGAACAGGGCAGCAUGGGCAGUACUAGGAAAUUUUUCACCGUCUCUAUCGUCUGUGUCUUUGAGUCAGAUGCACUUGUUUUGGAGAAAUGUUCGGUCAUCAAGAAAAUAUUUAUACUGGCAACCUUGACCACCUUCAGGUACUUACACUCAAAAAUGAGGAGGAGUCCGUAG